AUGGCCCAACCUCGACCAUUAAACUCCCUUGAGAAGCUUCUAGAAGAGCUAAAAAAGGGUCCACUCAACAAUAAUCCCAAUGACUUGGCCCAAAAUCAUCGGAGAAUCCUGAUCGGAGUUGCAGAUUACGCGUUAAACUUGGGUGAUAACUUACCAGCGAUGGGAUUUGGUGUCGGGAGACCAAGAAAACCGAAAAUCCCAGAUUUCCUAGUUGGUGAACAUUUUCAAAUGUGUUACGAGAGGAUUACUGAAAAUGAGGAUUUUGAUUUUCAGCGGUGGUCGCAAACAUACCUCUACAAUUGGGUCGCCCAUAUUAUGCCAAUCCCGGACAACGAUUUCAUUGAAAAAUUGAAAGAAUUCAAUUGCGAUGGAAACAUGAUUCCUGAAAUGGCUCUAAAUAUGAAUGAAGUCUCCAAAUUCUUCAAUUUGAAUCCGGAAAACAAAGAAAACCUACAUUCUCACGCUGUCAGACUAAUCAAUAAGUACAAAUUAUACAAAUAUGUCAAACAACUCGACCAGUAUAAUAAUGCAUUGCCUGAUCCUCUGGAACUUGGCUCACCGUCUGGAAACCUUUGGAAGCUUCACGAAACUUCCUACCAUUCAAGGAUGCCAAGAGUAAGAAUAGGUCGAGGAGCUCAUAAUCCCAGGGGCGGAUUAGUGAUGGCAAUCAGGGCCAGAGAGGGCAGAGCAAGAAUACCUCGACCUGCAUCUCCCCCGGAGCAGCCACCAGGAAAUGAACAACUUGCCGAGAGACCGCCACGUGGCUAUACUGGACCACCCAUGUUAGAUGAAGGACCGAAUCACCCAAGACUCUACACAUUGCCCAAUAACAAUGUCAACUUCCAGUGUUGGUCGCACGACCAAGUCAUCAUAUGGUCCAAAAAAGUCUUCCCCGGCGCUGCUGGCACCCAAACCAUCCAAAAGAUUCAAAACACAGGAAUCGCUGGAGACAUUCUAGCGGAGGUGGCUUCAGAUCCAGCAAUGGUUGAAUCAAUGCGACUCGAAGAGCCUCAGUCCAGCACCCUGAGGUUCCACGCAGCCAAACUGAUCAACGUCUAUAAUAUCAAACGCCAUAAUAUGAAGAUCCGACGUGCUGGGGAAUGGAACCAGCAGCGAGAACAUGAGAUUCUGGUCAGGAACAAUCAACUAGAAAUUGAGCGAGAGAAUCUGGAGGAGCAGGAACAGAUCCACAGGGAGGCGCAAGAGAGAGCAGCGCCAGCUGAAAGACAAGAUGGACCGGCUUUUGAACCAGACCUGGCUUUUGAACCAGACCCGGCUCUCGAGGGACCAGAAGCCAUUGAAAAUCUGGUUAAUGGAAUUGAGCGAGAUUUCAAUAAUCUCUUCAUGGAUGGACCACCAUUGGAUGCUGAGGGGAGAAAUCAUAGAAGAAUGCGAGCGAUUAUAGCUCAAAGGAAUUUGGAACGAGAGGCACGGAGACUUCGUAACGGUCCAGUUGUAGACAGAAUGGCUAGACUUCAUGCUCAACUGGAGAAUAUUGCCAGAGGAGGACUCCCAGCGGCCUUUGACCCUGAAGAUCUAGAAAAUGCUCGGGCAAUCAUGUUGGAUCGAGCUGAAGAUGAGCAUGAGAUGCAUGAGAUUCGAUUGAUCUUUAAUAAUGUUCCACCACCACCACCACUUCCGGAACAUAUUAGAAUUCGUGCUGAGGAGCAGAUGAUACGAAAUCGGGAGGCUCGAAACAUUGGAAUCUUCAGAGACGUACCACCCAUUGGAGAUAUACUUCGAGCACAUGACUUGGAACGUCAUCGUAGGGAGGCCGAGAGGAUUCGAGAGGCACGUGACAGAAUGGUUGCCGAGAUGGAAGCAGAGGCUCCAGGACAAUUGGAUGAUGAGGAUAUUGAACUUAUUAUCGACGCGGCUCCCAGAAAUCAUGAGCUUGAUGAGGAUUCAGAUAGCGAUGAAGAUGACGAGGAGGUUGAAGUUGCGCAUGCAGUUCUGCAAUUGGCUCAAGAAGAGGUGAGAGAUGAGCAACCGAUGCCCGAUGAACCGGAUCAGCAAGCUGGAGUUCCAGCUCCAGUGGCAGCUGAGGGUCCAGCUCCAGAGGCUGCUCCAGCUCCAGCAGUAGCCGGCCAGGCACCGGUUCCCGUAGCUGAUGAUGUUGACGAAGAGGAUGAGGAGGUGCCAGUUCGUCCACCACGGUAUAAUGAAGGACCUCAUGCCCAGUUCGUGGAUUGGCUCCAUCGAGUUGCCCCAGACGGUGAGCAUGAUGCACCUGAUUUUCAAGAAAUGUUACAAAGAGUGCGCGAGGAUCUUACUGAAGGCAUCGCCAUCUAUGAAAUCGUCACAAACGACCGUAUGAUGGGAUACUUCCGAAUGUCCGAGGACCUUUACAUUCACAUUGCUUGGCAUGGAGCUCGAUUGGUGAACGAUCUAGCUACACGGAACUACGAGGCGCUUCCUCGUGAGCCAAGGCCAGCGGACAGGGCACCUUGGGAAAUUCUUAGAGAAGAAGAGAUGAAUCCAUUUGAACCGGCGGCUCCCAAUGACGAUGAUGAUGAUUGGAUGGCUCAAUUUCAUCCACCAGAAAGGAUUUAA